UUACUGACUGCACUGCAUAUUGCAAGACUCCACACCCUGUACAUGCAUAGUUAAAAAGGUGCCGCAGUCAGUCUGAGUUCACACGACCAUCGCCUUUCUACUCUUCAAGGGAGCUUGUGUGGUGCGGUGUGGUGCCGGGCAGAAUGGGGCAUCCUGGCGCCCUGGCCUCUCACUGACGAGUCAGGCACCAACAGGCCAUGCAGGGAGAAGCCUUGGCAGGGGCCAUUGGCAUGGAGCAGGUGAGCCAGCAGGGGGCCGAGAGCCCACGCCUUGCCUCACUGCGCAGGUCAGAGGUCACGGGCGGCCUCUCCCAGGGCGAGGAGGGCGCGGUGGAGAGGAGGAAGAGGAGGAAGAAGGAGCCGAGGCCGGAGUCCAUCAUUGUGUACCGCUCGGAGGCAGAGAAGGGGGUGAGCGAGGAGUCUCCGGCAGAGGAGGGGAGUGAGAAGAGCGGACAGGAAGGGCCCAAGUUCCUCAGCACCCCCACAGGCGAGGGAGGCUGGAAUGCUCCCCUGGACAGCCGCUACGUCACUCUGACAGGCACCAUCACCCGUGGGAAGAAGAAGGGCCAGAUGGUGGACAUCCACGUGACGCUGACCGAUAAAGAGAUGCAGGAGCUGGCCAGGUCCAGGGAGCCUCUCCGGAGAGAGGGGGAAGGCGAGGGGGGAGAGGAGGGCAAGCGGGCCUGCUGUGUGGGGGCUGGCCGCGGGCCUCACGUCCUGCUCUGGAGCUUGUCCUGCGUGCCUGUGGUGUUCCUGCUGUCUUUCGUCAUGUCCUUCUACUACGGGACCAUCACCUGGUACAAUGUUUUCUUGGUCUACAACGAAGAGCGGACUUUCUGGCACAAAAUCACCGUCUGCCCCUGCCUCAUCAUCUUCUACCCCAUCCUCAUCGUGGCGCUCUCCCUGUCACUUGGGGUCUACACUGCCGUGACCCAGGUGUCCUGGGCCUUCGCUGAGUGGUGGCAGGCAGUCCGAGACCUGGAGAAAGGCUUAUGUGGCUGGAUCUGUGGCAAGCUGGGCCUGGAGGACUGCUCCCCCUACAGCAUCGUGGAGCUGUUCGACUCCGAUAAUCUGUCGGGCAGCCUGCAGGGCAAAGGGGGUCCUUCACAGGGGCUUGAGACCUCUGCUGUCUGAGUUCUCUAGCCUGUAUUCAUGUCGUUGUUUCUCACAGAGCAGUAGCUCUGGCUUAUCACAGCUUUUUACUUUGCUGUGCAGUGGUGGUGAAGUAGAGAUUGAAAUCUGGCUAUGCAACCAAAUUGAUGAGCCACAGAAAUGAAGGAGCAGGUAGCUUAAAAUUAGUUUUUGCUUAGCUUUUUAUGAGGUUUUAAUCAUUUGGAGUGGUUUGUAUUGCAUUUACUCUUCCAACUACAUUGUGAUAGCUAUUCGCUUGAAAUCGGCAUUGUCACAAUUUUGCUCUGAAAGGGAGAAACACCAGUUCUAAAAUGAACAAAUACUACUUACCCGAAGAGCCUGCAUUAAAUGUAGGAUUUAUUGAUUUGGGAACUUUUUAUUGUGUGCGUUCUGCCUUUCUGAAAACAUUAUGCCACUGACAAAUAAGAAUAAAUAGCUGUGAAAAUCUAGCCCAUAAAGGUGCUUUGGCCUGAGUUGCCAGAUUCUUUUUCAGCAUUGACGUAUAUGUAACACAGGCUAGAUAGCUGUAUGAACUAGCGCCAUCCAGCGUGUGAAGUAACUGCACAAAGUACCACUCGGAAGGAAUGCAAAGAGGAAGAAAAACUAAAUUGAAUGUAAUUUGAAUCUACGUACUCUUUCUAAGGUUUUCAAACAAGUUUUAUUAGGGGUGUCAAGUUUAACCUGUACACCCUAUUUAGUUUGAUAAUGCUAAAUGUUCAAUCUUUCACGUGUUAACUAAACUAAACAGAGAUCAGCCUCUAAAUGCAUUCAGCAUGUUAUUCAUUUACUUCGUUGUCAACUUUUAUAUUAGUACAUUCAGUAUUGCUUUCUACAUGGGGAGCACUGUUAGCAAUGUUUAAUUACACAAGUUACAUUUUUUAUUGCAAAGAUUGUGCUUUGUUGUUCAUAGCACGUCUAAAAUAUCAGUUAAGUGUAGUUGGUGUAUAUGUUUGCAACUAUUAUUUUACAGCUGUGGAAAACCUAGUUUUUACAUAUUUAAGAUGGAAAUGUAGUAAUAUUAGAGUUUUACCAUUAUGCCUGGAUCUGGGUUCUGCUGGUUCAACACUGCGUUUCAUUUUUCUGUAAAUCUGUUUUUGAAUUUUUGAAACCCACAAUGAUUGCAAACACUAUAGAAACAGUAAGGGGCAGUGAAAUACAUUUGAAUCUACUUUAUCUUUAAUAUAGCUGCACUUCAUUACUGCUGGUAUAGUUUCAUUUUGAAAGAAAACAAUAGUUAUUUGCUAUUUACAUACAGUGUAUUUUAGUGUUUGGUAUAUCUGAGUAAAAAAAAUCUAAUUUAAAAAGUAAUCCAUGGUUUACAAUACUGUUUAGUUUUUUAAAUUUGUGUCUGCAUGUAGCACAAUUUACUUCGACAUAGCUCAUGUUUAGUUCUCCAUUAAAACGUUUUUUUUUUUUAAAAUUCCAAAUCACUUGACAAGUUGACAGUCCUGGUGUAUUUCUACGACAGACGUGGUUCUAUUUUAAAAAUGAAACUGUAACUUUAAAUGGAGGCAGCAAUAGUAAGACAAGCUGGAUAGCAGGGUUUGCAAUUGAGCUUGGAACGAGAUGGAGGUAAACUCAAAUUUCUUAGCCUAAUAAAUAACUUUAAGCAGUGAUUAACCAAGGCUUUACAAAAACAUCUCACCUUUUUUUGGCACUAGAUCAACUGUCUCCCUUUUCUUGUGCUAGAGACAGUUGGGGAAGUUAAUUUUAAAAAGUAAUCAGGGGGAGCGGAAAGCAUUAAACCAUAUGGAAAAAUAGAAUCUAUUGUUUUGCAUGGGUGCAAUUACACGGAGAAAAGCAAUACAUGGGAAAACCACACGAGAUAGAAACCAGAGCGACUUUUUGAAAAUAAUGCGCGGCAAAUCUCCAUCAACUGGAGUGUUGUUGUGUUAUGUUGUCUGCACUAUGUACAGUGAGAGAUGAUGAAAGAUUGAUUUUCGAGGUGAAAAAUGCCUUCAACUGUAUGAUACGUCUUGUCCAGAUUAUAAAGAUAUGCUAAAGAAGCAAGUCCCCGGGACACCAUACUUGCCAAACUGGACAGUGAAAAUAUUUGCAGUUGAAGAGCAAAAGAAAACAUAUUUCAGCAUGAAGAAUCCGCUUAAAUGAAUGGCAGUGAAUGAAUCAGAUGAUGGCGAUUGCAAUUGCAGAUGAUUUAUGACUGUGAAGGGCGCUCAGGCCCCGAGGAAAAAUAUAAAUUUGGCCGGGAGGUUUCGUCCGCGGGUGCCCGACGGCUACCGGCGCGAGGCCGGCUGCAAAUACACGAACAGUAUCAUGCAUACCAGUGCCGCAGAUAGAAUAUGGCUAUGAGCCACUUCCCCCCAAAAAGACAAGGCCGCCAAACCAUGAAUGAAUAAUGAAAAAUAUUUAACGCUCUCCACAGUGGCACUGUGCCACCUAACCCCCAAUAUUGAAUUGAAUGAAAAUGAGCAGAUGAGACAUGACCCGUCCCCCAGAGCAUGACUGCGCCGAGGGAGAGAACCCAGCCUCUCAUACCCGACCACUCACCCCUCAGAACUAAAUACGAACCGAUCAGCACUCGGGUAAGGAAAACCCCCUACUCACAUAUUUUUAAUUUUUUUAAGGGGGAAACCUCAGGAAAUCCAUGGCUGAGGGCAGCCCUUCCUCCAGGCUCUAAGAGGUCAACUCUCGUUUCAGCUUCCCAGCGCUUGACUGAGCAGCCGAAACAAAAAGAAGCGACAAGAAAGAAUAACACACAGAGCUUUUA